GUUGUUGUCGUGGUGGUGAAGUUAGCAGAGAAGAGACGACGGCCACGGCAGAAGAAAAGGGUCAGAUACCUCUUCUGUACUGUGAAAUAGGUUAGCAGCACACAACAAUGGCCGUGGAGAAAGUGGGAAACAUGCCGAAGGCACAGAUGACAGGCCCUGGCGCCUCUGCUGUCACUGGUGGUGCCGGGAAGCCAGGCCCCGGCGUCGGGUUGAGAAUCAAGCGCAGACGUCGCAGAUUACUUCUCGUGUUUGCGUUUCUCCUGACCGCCACACUUGCAUGGUACACGCUUUUGAAAGGUAGAUCUAGCAUAGACGCAGAUCAGUCCCUGCUGCUGAAGGCGAAGGAGCAAGGCGCUGGAAACAGCAACAUCAACAGCAACAGCGUCGACGGUGGCUCAUCGGCGGACGAAAAUGGGAACAUCAUCGGCGCUUUGUUUGACAUCGACGCAGUGAAUAAGUACUUCAAUAGGUUGACGGAGGAGACCAAAAAGGCAGAGGAACAGACGGAAAAGAAGGAGUCGCAGCUGUUGGCCUUCGUUAACGACGAGUCGGAGGCAUUGUUGAAUGACGCGGAGGAGUUGAGAAAGCUCUACCUCAGCAAGGAGCACAACGGGAUGAUAAACUUGGGUUCGACGGGUAACAUGGCCGACGCCCAGCUGAAUGUGUUGAAGUUGAAGAACAAGAUGUCCGAGUUGGAAGCGCUUGAGGUCAAGGAAAACCUCGACAAGGCCAAGGAUAGUCUCAAGUUGAACUCGGCAAACAAGGACAGAUCCAUCCCGUUGUCAGACUCACUCAUCCCGGACGAAGAGUCUUUCUCGAAAAUCAAGACCGACGACUUCAUAAAGGGAGACAUUACCUUCCAGAACUUUUUUUCCCACAUAUUGGAGUUGAUCUCCCGUAACCACCUGUCCUUCCCGCUAAAGCGGAGAAUGACCUUGGAGAACGGUAAGCCUGUCAUUGACAAUGUCCUCUUUUACGAAGACACGGCCGAGACUUUGUCGGAACAGCAGCUCUAUACAUUCUUUGACUUUCCUCAGAACUUCAUCGACGACUUGAAGAUGAAGCACGAAAAUGUCAUCAACGGCAUUCCAGACAUUGCUCCUCAUUUCUACAACGGUAAUGGUUAUGUUGCAGUUGGUGGUGGUAUUUAUUCCUGGUAUGCUCUCCUGGGUAUCGAGACUUUGAGAAAAGUGGGCUCCACUCUUCCUGUGGAGAUCUUCCUUCCCAAUGAAAGCGAUUACGACUACCAGUAUUGUGAGAAGAUUCUUCCUCAACUGAACGCAAAAUGUAUUGAGAUGCACCGUGUGUUUGGUUCCGAAGGGCUUAAGAACUUUCAGGUUGAAGGGUACCAAUACAAGGUGUUCGCCUUGUUAGCCUCAUCUUUCGAAAAUGCGUUUUUGAUGGACUCAGACACUUACGCCGUCUCCAACCCAGACGUCCUUUUUGACUCCGAGCUGUACGAAAACUACAAAAUGAUCACAUGGCCAGACUUUUGGCGUAGAACUACCUCUCCUGUGUUUUACGAGAUCAGAGGCACCGAGAUUGGAAUGGUCCCUGUCAGACACUUGAACGAUUUUUUUGUCAACCCUGAAUUCUUGUCCAAACCAGAGGACGAUGUUUCAACGGCCGUUACCUUCCACGAUCGUGCGGGAACCAUUCCUGAAUGGACCACCGAAUCUGGUGAGAUGUUGAUCAACAAAAAGGAGCACUUCAAAACCUUGAUCUUAGCUUUGUACUACAACUAUGACGGUCCUUACGGUUACUAUCCAUUGUUGUCCCAGGGUGGUGCAGGUGAAGGUGACAAGGAGACUUUUGUUGCCGCUGCAAACUUUUACAACAAAAAGUACUACCAAGUUUACAAGAAGCCCGAGAGAUUUUUCGGUUGGUUCAACAAUGUGCAAAACUACGAACACUCAACGAUUGUCCAAUAUGAUCCCCUGCUUGACUAUGAGAUGUUGCAAAAAGUUCAUACCCAGCUCAGACAGGAUAUGGAAUCCCAAAAAGAAGACUUCGUCUAUGAUUACAAUAAGUACUACUCUGAUGUCUUUACUCCAGACGUCUGUAAACCAAUAUUUUACCACGUUCACGAUCCAAAGCUCAACCCAUACAAGAUUAUGGAAGAAAAAUGGACCGAAAACCUUGAAGGUAAGAAGAUCCGUAAUCUGGCCGAAGAUUUCCCACGUAUUAACUUUGAUUUGGAACGCUUUUUGUGGAAUGUGAUGAACCACUAUCUCUGUGAGUUGAAAAUCAAGAUUCCAGCGUUUGAAGGCAAGGACGCAGACAAGAUGUGUAACGAGUUCAUGGUGGAUGAGUUGGCCUACUUGGACAAGAGUUCCGAGAAGAUCGAAGCCGUCUACUCUCCUACCAACAAUGUCGAACAGAUGCACGGAGGACGUGACUGGAACUAGUGUUAGAUACAUCUGGAUUUCAUAUAUGUACAAUUUGUAUACCCGCUUGCUCUCUUCUUAUUCAACAUUUUGUAAUUACAAUGUAUAAUAAACAAAAGAUAGAAGUCUAUCGCAGUGAUCGUGAGGCACGCG